AUGAUCCUAGAAUUAGUUGUAUUGGCUCUUUGUGCAUUCGGCUCAAUCCAUGCCGCCACUGUGUUCUCAUCGUCGCUCAAAAACUGUCAAACGCAAUGCGAAGACCGAAAUUUGGCAUAUCCACUUGGAAAAAACGAAUUAUUUUGGGAUGAUAUUGACAAGUUCAAUUAUACAAUGAGAAUCAAUUCGUGUCGUCAUGGUUGUGAGGAUUUAGACGACAAAGAAUCGAAAUGUUCCGAAAUGUGUGUUGAGCCGAACAUUGUGACAGUCUCGUGUGAGCAAGGCUGUCGUGCUGUGCUGGUGUCAUUCCUUGCGCAAGCUCAAGCCCUUUUGAUUCAAACCCGCGUUAACAUGGAAAUCAUCGAUAACGAAAUGAAAUUGCAAUGGACAUUUCCCGAAUCAACUGGCGAAGAUUUGAAAGAACUCGCUUCUGCCGAUGUCUUCUGGUUUGCGCAAACUCGGCCGUUGAAUGGAAAUCUUGGAUGGCGUUGGACAAGCUUUCCCCAAGGCUGUUUCAGAAAUUCGACAUUAUCCGCUGAAGUGAGUGUUCCUUUCGAAAAGUCGGGUCAUGUCGAAGUGCGACUUGCUCUCGCUUACCGCAGUCAGGUGCUCGUCUCGCAGAUCACAACCUACCAGUUGCCACUUCUUAAUAGCGGAACUACCUUGGAAAUAAUUAGUCAAUUGCAAUUAUCUAAUGAUCGAUUAGCAGUUUGCUAUAAAACCAAUCAGCCGACGCCGAAAUUCAAACUUUCUGUAUUAACACUUGACGGAAAUGCAUUGAACACCGAAGAAUCGAUAGCACGAUGUCAUUUGUUUGCGAAUCUUCCGUCCGAAAAUUGCUGCAAAGCGACAAUAUCAGCGAUCGACGAAAGUGGAGCAACAGCAGCUCAUGUUGAAUUCGUUUUCGAUCUUUUUGUUAAUCAAGUUGAAAAUGAAUUGAACGCAACACCGCAACCAUCGCGUCUAGUUUUCACAAAUGGCACUCAUUUAUUAGAAGCUGAGAAUUUCGAGAGUUCGCAAAUCAUCAAUGUGAUCGGAUUUCCUCUCGCACAAGGAGAUUCCAUCACAGCGAUUUCGGGAAUAUCUGAGAAUGUUGUUGCAAUCGGAAGUCAGAAGGGAUUCCUUUGGACAUUUCACAUUUCCGCAAAUCAGACCGACGAAUCUCAAUCGAAUACGGUAGUUCAACUCAGAACUGUAGAGGAAACCGACACAGCAAUUCGACAAAUUGAAAUUGAUCAUAUUCAAAAAAGGAUAUAUGCUAUUCAGCAAGAUAAAGGAAUUUUAAGAUGCAAAAUCCACAUGAUAAAUUCCGAAGAACCACCACAAUGUGUUCUUAUUGUGAACAGUAAUGCCUCAAAUCCGCCGAAACAAAUAUGUCUCGAUUCUGUGAAUGGGCACAUGUAUUCUUUACAUUCUGACACAAAAGUCUACAAAUCGGAAUUGGUGGCAUUCAAUGUGAGCGGAGUCGAAGCGGUCAAGAAUUUUGUGCUUAUAAAAGAUGCAUCUCCAGCAAUUGCUAUUUUUUACGACCAGGAUAGAUUUGAGCUGAAUUCCGUACUUGAAAACGGUUCAAUGAUUUCUUGGAGUCCGAUAGCCGAUCAAUCGCACCAAAUUCGAGCAGAUGGUUUUGCCGAUGUUUCGCAAUUUCGGAUUGUCGACAAAAUGCUUUACUACAUGAAAUUGAAGUGCGAUCAGGAGCAAGAGGAGCAGAUUUGCAUUUUCGGCGAAAAUAUACAGACAUCGGAAGUUGGGCUGCCCUAUAAGUGA